UCUGACUUCUGCUCAAGAAACACAUCCCUAAGUUGAUCUAUGUAUACCUGAAAAAGUUACAAAUUCCGAUUUUUAGCGACGUUAGGCAAGUUGUGUGUUUAUAUCUACAAAUUAAUGCGAAUUGUUUUGUUUGAUUUAGUUCUAAAAGCUAAUGAGUGCAGAAAAUUAAAAUAUGUAAGAAUCGUUUGAAGAAUUUGAGCUUGAAAACGGGAGUUUAAUUUGUAAAAGACCAAGAAGAAAUAUUGAUGCGCUUGAGCUCAAAUAUACAUAUAGUCUGAAUCCGGAUGCUACUUGAAGUCAUCUAAAACCCAAGCCAGCAGAGAAUAGUAUCGAUAGUAUAUUGUGUUGUUUACUGAGAAACUGCAUCUAUGGGCCACGAAAAAGCAAAUUCGGAUUCUGAUGCAAAUUCAGCGGAAGAAAAUCAGCUAAACGAUACAAAAAAUGGCUCCAGCUCAGAUGGAAAUGAUAAAAGCAACUGCAGUGAAAAUAAUGACUCGGCAUCCAAUAGUAAAACAGUAAACAAAACUACCUUGUGUGUACAAAAAACGACGACUGAAUUUAAAUUACGCGUUGUCCCAUUAGAAAAGCUAUUGGAGAAACCAUUAGUGGAUAAAAAUAACGAAAGAACAAGUACAUUAUCGGACGCCCAGACAAGACGAUUACCAAAACGCAAGAACCGAAGCAAUUGCGUGGUCAUUGACUUGACGGAUAGUGAGGAGAGCGAGGAGGAAGAAGAAAUAGUGAAGUCCGUUUCAAAAACCAAAAAAUCGGUCCCAUCAAAAUCGGAGGCGUCGGCGCAGCCCAGCAAGUCUAACCCGCCGGUGAAACUGAGAGAAUUACCCCGUUUAAGGCAGUGUACUGUGCGCAUAAAAAGGACACCCUUCCCUCUCACGGACAGCCUGUUAGCAGAACGUGUAGCUGGUUCUAAAGUUAAUGGCGGAGAUACUUCAAUAAAAACCCAAGAUAAGCGCGACCGUAGAAAUAGCAACAAUAACUCAUACCUUAAAAACAAACCGUCAGCAUCCUUUAGAAAAAAAGUUAUGACCUCCGAUUCAUCUGAAUCGGAAUCUACAAAUCAAAAGAAUGAUACAGUUUUAGAUGGAGAAAAUUCCGAAGAGACCGAUGUUAAAAGCAGUGACAGUGAAGUGAUACCGGCUCGCAAAAAACGUGUAUUUUAUAAAAGAAAAAAGAGUAGUGAUGAUGAUUCUGAUUUUGCGCCGCAGCCAGCUGCGAAAAAACGCGGACGCAUUCGACGCGGCCAAGACAGCAGUGACAAUGAUGACGUUGUUAAGCGGAAGGGAAGGGGCAAAAAGAACGCAAACUCUGAUGAGGAUGAUGAUGACGAUUCCGAUGAAAAGAAUAAAAACAAACGCAAACAUAUCCGCAAAAUAAUUAAAACUAAGGAUCUUGAUAUAAGCACAAAGAAUGCCGCUAAAGAAGAGGAAGAACGUCGCAAACGCAUAGAAGAACGUCAAAAGCUUUACAAUCAAAUCUAUGAAAAGCCAGAAAAUGUUGAAGUCACUGAUUUAGUAUUGGAUUUUGACGAGGAAACAAAGAAACCUCUGCUUCAAGUUGACAAAGGAAUUUUAAAGAAAUUGAAGCCCCAUCAGGUUUCCGGUGUUAAGUUUAUGUGGGAUGCUUGUUUUGAAACUAUCAAAGAAGCUGAAGACAAUGCUGGAUCAGGAUGUAUUCUGGCUCAUUGUAUGGGUUUAGGAAAAACACUGCAAAUUGUGACAUUAUCCCACACUUUGUUGGUGAACUCAAGGCGAACAGGCGUAGAACGUGUAUUAAUAAUAACACCAUUAAGCACUCUUAACAACUGGGCACGUGAAUUUAAACAUUGGAUAGGAUUUGCCAAUAAACGUAAUGUGGAAGUUUAUGAUAUGUCCAAGUACAAGGACAAACCUACUCGCAUUUUUAAAUUGAAUGAAUGGUUUGAGGAAGGCGGAGCAUGCGUCAUCGGAUAUGAUAUGUACCGUAUAUUGGCGAAUGAAAAGGCAAAGGGUUUACGCAAGAAACAACGCGAGGCAUUGCAGCAAUCAUUAGUUGAUCCUGGUCCAGAUCUGGUUGUGUGCGACGAGGGGCACCUGCUAAAAAACGAGAAAACAUCCAUUAGUAAAGCAGUAACAAAGAUGAGAACUAAACGACGAAUUGUUCUUACCGGAACACCUUUGCAAAAUAAUCUAAAAGAAUUUAUUGGCAACAAUUCGGGCAAAGUUUUCAAUUGCACAAAGAAUGCCGCUAAAGAAGAGGAAGAACGUCGCAAACGCAUAGAAGAACGUCAAAAGCUUUACAAUCAAAUCUAUGAAAAGCCAGAAAAUGUUGAAGUCACUGAUUUAGUAUUGGAUUUUGACGAGGAAACAAAGAAACCUCUACUUCAAGUUGACAAAGGAAUUUUAAAGAAAUUGAAGCCCCAUCAGGUUUCCGGUGUUAAGUUUAUGUGGGAUGCUUGUUUUGAAACUAUCAAAGAAGCUGAAGACAAUGCUGGAUCAGGAUGUAUUCUGGCUCAUUGUAUGGGUUUAGGAAAAACACUGCAAAUUGUGACACUAUCCCACACCUUGUUGGUGAAUUCAAGGCGAACAGGCGUAGAACGUGUAUUAAUAAUAACACCAUUAAGCACUCUUAACAACUGGGCACGUGAAUUUAAACAUUGGAUAGGAUUUGCCAAUAAACGUAAUGUGGAAGUUUAUGAUAUGUCCAAGUACAAGGACAAACCUACUCGCAUUUUUAAAUUGAAUGAAUGGUUUGAGGAAGGCGGAGCAUGCGUCAUCGGAUAUGAUAUGUACCGUAUAUUGGCGAAUGAAAAGGCAAAGGGUUUACGCAAGAAACAACGCGAGGCAUUGCAGCAAUCAUUAGUUGAUCCUGGUCCAGAUCUGGUUGUGUGCGACGAGGGGCACCUGCUAAAAAACGAGAAAACAUCCAUUAGUAAAGCAGUAACAAAGAUGAGAACUAAACGACGAAUUGUUCUUACCGGAACACCUUUGCAAAAUAAUCUAAAAGAAU